GCCGCCGAGCCGAGCGCGGUCCCGGCGCGUCCCCCCUCCCCGCGGCUGCAGGCGGGGCGGCUCCGCGGGGAGCAUCCCUGCGGCUCGGCUGCGAGGGGCUGCUGCAGCUUUAAAAGCAGGCGGAAAAAACCCCACAACCUUGUAUUAGAGAGCUGCUUUCUCCUCUUGGGGAGGUUUAUUGGAGAGGGUUUGGGGUUUUUUUUUUGGAGGUGGGGGAGCAUCACCAAAAAGCGGCACAACAAGUGGAGGCUGCGGGCGGGUCGUCCGCGGGGGAGAAACUGCAGGAAGCCAACCCCGUCCUCCCAUCGCUGCGAACAGGCUGGCUGCGAGGAUUACUGAACGUUGAUUUACAAAUCUCCUGCCAAAAGCUGGGCUUGGGAAGACCGGGCAUCGCGCUUAUCCCUUCAUUCUGUCUCACACAUAAACACAUCGCCUUCUUUUUUGUUGGUUUGGUUGCUUUUUUUUUUCCUUCUUGAAAAAAAAAAAAAAAGACUCUCGCUUGUUGCCUUUUUUUUGCAAAUUCCUGGGUGCGAAACAGUGUCUGUGGCUGUGCAGAGGCUUCAGCUGCCUCCUCUGCUCACUCCCGGGCGCUCUUGUGGCACCCGAAAAGAAGGGGAGAAAAAUAACUCGUCAACCUGUGGUGCUGAGCGCCCGCACACACCUGCAGAUGGACAUCAGGCGGCGUAGACCCCUCCUCAGGACUGCUGUCACCAGACCCUUACGCUAGCAGGAACAGCGUUGCUAUUUCUCUGCCUGGGAACAGUUAAGUGCUUCUUCUGCAUGACCAUAACCAAAGGGUGACCCAUCCACUCCCUUAUGUCCUAUGGGGACCUCAGAGCCAGUUUCUCAGUCUUCAUCUCCUCCUCCUCCUCCUCUUGCCACUGCUGCUGACGCCCUGGGUGCUGCUCCCAGGUUUGAGACAUUGUUGACAGGCUGAAGAAAGGAUUUGCAAAGACCUCCUCACUGUGUAAAUAAAGUGAUGGCUGGAAUUAACUUCAACUCCCUAAAUAAUGAUAUUAAACUAUAAGAUUGCUAGGCCAAAGCAUUACCCGGAACAAAUUGUGAGGAAAGAGACUAUUUGGAUUUGGUGGCAAUGAUGAACUAAAAGCAUUGGUGGAGAACAGGUACCCUUUGAUUUGCAUAUUUGUUUUCCUCACGAAUGCAGUCUUCGUGGCCUGCAAGGUAGUCAUGAUUCUGAUCAGAUCUGUGAUAGCCACAGGAGAUAAAUGAAAAUAAAGGAGCGUGGUGGAUGAAAGAACAAGGCCUCAGCUGUUCCCUGGCUCAAUCUGAGAGCUUCAUCUUUUCUUACUAGCAAAGCAGUAGCUUGUGUCAAACCUUCCGGACAGUAAGAAAAUGCAGACCUGUGGUUUUCUAAAACAUAGAUUAAGUGUUACAACUAUGUCACCCUGCUCUGUGUCCAAGGCACUGUCCUCCAAACGCAGAUGGCUUUGAACUUUCUACAGUGAAAGUUAAGGCUGCACUGUAAAUAAAACCUUUUUGCAUUAAGCGAUAGGAAAAAAAAAAAGCCCUUGCAAAGAUGGAGGUUGCGAUGGUGAGUGCCGAUAGCUCUGGGUGCAACAGCCACAUGCCGUAUGGAUAUGCGGUCCAAGCUCGGGCCCGAGAGAGAGAGCGGCUGGCACAGUCGAGAGCCGCAGCGGCUGCGGCUGUAGCAGCAGCAACAGCAGCAGUGGAAGGUGGGGCAACAGGUGGAGGUGGCCCAUAUCACCACUACCAUCAAGAACAGAGUCGAGGUGCAUCCUCCUCUCAUGGUGGGACUGCGUCACGCAGCGGCACGUCCCACCGCCAGAGCGGUAAGAAGCGGAAGAAAGGGAAAAAGACGUGCCACCGCUUGGGAAGUAGGGAGUGUGGGGCUUCCUUCCCCUGUUCUGAGCUGCUGCCUCUCAGUGGUUCUGAAGAGAGAAUUCUGAAGGACUUGAGUGAGGAGGAAGAGGAGGAUGAAGACGAGGAUGAAGAUGAUGAGGAAGAAGGAAAGCUCUACUACAGUGAUGACUAUGGGGAGGAUGAGUUUUCAUACUCGGACCAGCCACCUGAUGAUGGUGGAGGCCCUGGGGGUUACAGCUCUGUUCGCUACAGCGAGUACGAGUGUUGUGAGCGUGUGGUAAUCAACGUGUCAGGACUGCGAUUUGAGACCCAACUGAAGACAUUAGCGCAGUUCCCAGAGACGCUACUGGGUGAUCCAGCAAAGCGAGGCAGAUACUUUGACCCUCUGAGGAAUGAAUACUUCUUUGAUAGGAACCGACCCAGCUUUGAUGCCAUCCUGUACUACUACCAGAGUGGUGGUCGGCUGAAGAGGCCAGUCAAUGUACCCUUUGACAUCUUCACUGAGGAGGUGAAAUUCUACCAGCUUGGGGACGAGGCCAUGCUCAAGUUUAGGGAGGAUGAAGGGUUUGUCAAAGAGGAAGAGGAGAAAGCUUUGCCAGAGAAUGAGUUUAAGAAGCAGGUUUGGCUGCUGUUUGAGUACCCGGAAAGCUCCAGUCCAGCCAGAGGCAUUGCUAUUGUCUCUGUCUUGGUCAUCCUGAUCUCAAUUGUCAUCUUUUGUCUCGAGACUUUGCCAGAGUUCAGAGAUGACAAAGAAUUUGUAAUGUCCCUGAGCUUAGGGAAGAGUCUUUCCAAUGAGUCACUUCACCUGGAUGCUGGGGAGCACACCAUCUUCAAUGACCCUUUUUUCAUUGUAGAGACAGUAUGCAUCAUUUGGUUCUCCUUUGAGUUUACAGUGCGCUGCUUUGCAUGUCCAAGCAAAGCACAAUUCUUCAAGAACAUCAUGAACAUCAUAGACAUUGUCUCCAUUUUGCCUUACUUCAUUACUCUGGGCACUGACUUGGCACAGGAGCAGGGCAGUAAUGGUCAACAGGCCAUGUCUUUUGCCAUCCUGAGGAUCAUCCGUCUGGUCAGAGUGUUUCGCAUCUUCAAGCUCUCCAGGCACUCCAAGGGUUUGCAGAUCCUGGGUCAUACACUGAGAGCCAGCAUGAGGGAACUUGGUCUCCUCAUCUUUUUUCUUUUUAUUGGAGUCAUUUUGUUUUCCAGUGCUGUUUACUUCGCAGAAGCUGAUGAACCCGCCACCCAUUUUCAAAGCAUCCCAGAUGCCUUUUGGUGGGCUGUAGUGACCAUGACUACAGUUGGUUAUGGGGAUAUGAAACCCAUAACUGUGGGUGGGAAAAUAGUUGGGUCCCUGUGUGCCAUUGCAGGAGUGUUAACCAUUGCUUUACCAGUGCCAGUGAUUGUCUCCAAUUUUAACUAUUUCUACCACAGAGAGACUGAGAAUGAAGAACAAACGCAGCUGAUGCAAAAUGCAGUCAGUUGCCCUUACCUCCCAACAAAUUUACUGAAGAAAUUUAGAAGCUCAUCAUCUUCAUCCACGGAGGAUAAAUCAGAGUAUUUGGAGAUGGAAGAAGGAGUUAAAGAGUCUCUUUGUGUAAAGGAGAAAAAAAGUCAGGACACGGGGAAUAGUAGUGAGUCAGAGAAGAAGAACUGUGUAAAUUCAAAUUCUGUGGAAACUGAUGUGUAAUUUUGAACAUUUCCAAAUAUAUUUAUGCAUUAAAGAGUGCAGUAAAAAUAAUGAAAUAUGCAAACAAGAGUCCACAGCAUACAGUAGUAUGCCAUUUAAUGGUUAACUACAAAUAAAAAGCAUUGAUAAACUUGUAUUACAUAUCAAGUAAAUGGUAUAACUUGAGGAAAGGGUUGAUAGAUCUGAUAUAAUUUCAGACUUUAUAUUUUUAUUAGAAUGCAAGUGUUUUUGCACAUGAGGCUGAAAACUUUAUGGAAAACAAGUCAGUUUUAAAGUGGGUGCAUGAACUGUCGACAUCACUAAUAACAGCUCUGUGGUAAAAGUUGGCAUUCAGAGGUAUUUACUAUGUAAGAAGCAAUGAAGUUUGUUAGUCAUUUAUCUAUUUAUCAGUGCUUUAAUAGCAGCUACCAUGAAUCAUUGGAUACCAUAGUCUUUGUUUUUCAAAUGGUAAACUUAUUGUAAAAAGAUAUUCUACAGAAGAUAAAUCUAAAUUUUUUUUCUUGAACUCUAUACUGCUUGUUUUUAACUGGAAAUUUAAUUUGAAAAGGCUGCUGAACCUCCAGAAAUUGUUUAUUUUUAUAACUCUCUUUGGAGGCAUUGCAACAUUUGUUGUCUAAUAAUGAAAGAAAUGAAGUAAGAGAAUCAUUUAACCUGGUCUGACUGCAGAGGCAAAAUGACUGGAAUGCUUUUUUGCACUACUUUAUAUGCUGGAGAUAUAUUGAAAGAGACUUCAUACUGUGAAUGUUUACUAAUGUAAUAGUUCAAUGACAAUCAUUGGAAGAGUGAAUUCUGCAUCAUAUUUUAUUGUUUCUCUUUUCUUUGUGAUGCUGAUGGCGAAACAGCUAACGUUACAUUAAUUCCAUACUAUUUUUAAUUAUGAAUAUCUGUGAUCUGGAAAAGGAUUGUGAAGUAAAAUUUUAUAAUCAAAAUUAUUUGAAAUCAGUGUUUUCUACUGAUGCCCUCAAGAAAUACCAACCUAAUUUAUGUCUUUUCCGUGGUUAAUUUAACAUUCAGAGUCUAUGAUUAGUACAUGCGCUUUGUCGGUAUUGAAGAAAUUCACUGUAUGGGAGGAGAAGGCAGAAGUAAUAAGAUAUUCAGUUGUUACAGUACUGACAACUGAGAAUUGCUAACUUUUAACAUGCUAUUAUUGGUGCUGCAUUUUCCCUUAAUUACAGCUUUCACCCAUGUGUAUUUGAAGCAACAUUUGAGAUCCAAAAUAGGCAUUCUGGGAUUCAAAAUGAACAUGUUGGGUCCCAUGCAGUCCUUAAGAAAACAUUCCAUGAUUUCUUUUCACUGAUUCUUAGGCCAGCUGUAUUUUACUGUGUCAAAAACUUCCAUUGCCCUUCCUAAGAGACCAAGGUAGGUAAAAAUUAUUUGGCCUACAAUACAUUCCAGACUCCAGAAUGAAAUAGGUAAGAUAUUGCUGCAAAUAACAUAAAUAACAGAUGCAGAAUAGGCAUUUUUUUCAGACUUACAGUUACCUAGGGAAGGUGCAAUUAAACUGGAACUGUUUUUGAAGAGGCACUGUGGAGCAUUCCAGAUUAUAAAACUUGAACCAAAUUGGCAUAUGCACUUUACAGGCUGGGACAAGACACUGUGAGAGAAAAAGAAGCUUACUGACACUACUGAAUUACAGUAGUUCUGCAAUAUUCAGUUAAAGCUAAGUAGAGGAUUUUUGCGGGAAGGAAGAGGGUGGGAGAGGAGAACUAGUUAGUGGCUGAUGUAUAUAGUUCUGGAGCUGAAAAGUGACAAUAAAAGCAGUCCAGACUGGGCAUCCUCAAUAUUAUGCAGAAUGCAUCACAUAAGCGUUGUUUACUGUAUGCAGCAUUCGGUGGUAUUGAACAAAUUUUUUCUUUAAUGUUUGGGUUUUGCCUUCAUGGAUUUUCUGUGAAUCACCUCGUGAAAAGGUUUCUCUACUUACCUUCUUUUUCACUGCAGAAGAACUAAUAAAAAACAAGAUACAGACAAAAGGCUGCGAUGUGCUGAGCCCUGGUUCGAAACUUGAGUUUAAAUGUCCAAUUCCUAGGUUAAAACCAUAGAGCAGGCUUUGCUACGUUUUUGAUGUGUAGCAUUAAACAAAACUCCUUUUUAGUGUUGUGAUACUAACUCCUACUGUAUUCUGAAUGAAAGAACUCACUCAUUUUAUACACAGAUGUUUGCCAAAACUGAAUAUUGCAUUUUAUUGUAGCGCACCUGCGUUAAUUAAAUACUUUUCUCUACAGGGGCAAUAUCAGAAGUGAGGAUGAACAUUCUGUAAAGUCCAGCAAAAAAAUCUAUAACUGAAAGUAUUUUUUUUUUUAUCAACUAGGAGUUAAUGAUAUAAAGAGCAUAAAGAUUCUUUGGCUUUGUUAUCCAAGGCCACUUGGAUAACAAACACACUAUCGAGUGCUACAGCAUUGCGCUCCGGCUCUAUCUGCCUCUCGACUGCCUUUUCUUUAAAAUUAUUGCCUUUUAAACAAAGGUAAUGCUCUACAACUCAAACUCUUUCAUUCUGAAUUGGUUUUAUUACUUUAAUUACUGGAACUCUGUUAUCUAACAGCAGGACAAGAUCUGUUUGGAGAACAAUACACAGGCUGGAAAAGGGGGAUAGCAGGAACCUUAUAAAGUUUAAUGGAGAUAAGUGCGAGGUCUUGGACCGUGACAAGAAUGUAGAAGUACUAGCUAGAUAAAUAAAGAACUCAGAGAAAAUAAAUAUUGCAUAUUUGCAGUAUUGACUGGUUGAAGGGGAAGGUGGUUUAUAAGAGGUGGAAUUUUAGAUUUCUAAUGUAAAUCAGGAAAAAAAGCUCUUUGAAUAGUUCUUAGAAUACAUUCACGCUGUAGACAUGAAGCUCAGCAUGAGGUAACUCUUGAAGUAGUUACUCAGCUUCUCCAGCAAGUUGUUCACUUAUUCUGCUACCAGUACACAACCUUUUAAUUUAAAACAGUUUUGGCGAUGUCUGUAUUACGCUGUGAUCAUAGCAGUACCUUAUUCUAUGAAGAAAAAGGUCUUACUGUAGGAUCUCAUAGCCUUUGACAGAGCAAUAUUCUGGGCAUGUCAGCGCUUCACACUGCAGUACUGUGGCGGCGCAGUACGUUCUGGAAUGGAAGCCAAUACCUUUACUUGGGGUGGCUUAUAGCUUGGUUGUUCAACUACCCAUCGGUCCAGUCAGUUACAACACAGCUUAGAAAUGCCAAAGUCCUGCCCCUAACAUGCUAAAACCCAAAGAUACCAAGUGCUUAAAGAAACAGAUACUUCCAUUAAGUAUCACUUCCGUUAGAGUUGUGUGCUAGAGGAACUCUGUAUUUCAGCUGUUAUGUCUCAAAAUUGCUACUGCUGCUUCUGUCAAAGCUUUCUGAGUCUUACUGGACACUGACAACCCUUAGAAAAAUAAUUUUAUUGUCACUUGGGCAUUUUACAUUUUAAAUUAUAGUGGUGAAAUGCAUUCCUGAUGUAACUGAUGUGAAUGCACUAGGGAGCAUUUUAGUUCUACUAAUGUAGUUCAGAUACUUUCACAUUGACAUACAUUUCAGCUAAAAAUAAUGCAAAAUGAGAUAUUUUGAUAUCUGAAGUUCACUUGCAGUGGUGAAAAAAUUUGGAGGAGUUCCAUUAAAAUUCAUGGAAUCACAGCAACAUCAAAUCAAAUUUACUGUGUACUGGCACUUAUUUAAAGAAAUUCACGAGUCUUUUUAUAGUAACCUUAAGUGCCAAGGCCAGACUCAUGAAGAGAGAGUUUUGCCAGCUGAGGCAUUGGAUUUAAUGCCUGACUUCAGAGAUCCAUAUAUAUUAUAUAUAUAUUUAAUUACAAUUAUGGAGUUUUCUGAUAUUACAUUGAUUCCUUGAAAAUUUCAGCGUGGAUGCUGGAACUGUAUCAAGAGGAAGUUUUGUAUCACCUUGUUAGGGAGUUCUUGGUGAAGCUUUUUAGUGUUCAGUUAAGCUUUCUCAGAAUGAUUCCAAAAGAGGCCAAUUCCAUUUGAUGAAAAAUGUAAGCUUUUUGUUUGUAUUUGAAAGAAAAUUUUUCUGCUCACAUAGUUUUGUUGUGUAGAACCCAUUUCUGUGAUGUCCGUAUAGUGUGGAAUAAAUUUGGGAGAUCAAAGGAGUGAAAAAACCCACUGCUAUCAUGAUUCCAUCUAAUUCAUGACAACGACGUUCUUGGAGUUUGGUAGUAUUAACAGGCAUAAUGGACAUUAUGUGGUCAUAAAAAAUGGGAUUUGAGUGUGUUUUCAGUCAUUAAAACUAGUCAAAUAGCAUUGGAAUGUGAAAAUGAUUUUGCAUAAUACUGGUGUGCCAAUAGUUUGGGAGCGGGUGGUAACCUGGAAUAAAGGAUCAUUAUCUUGUAACUCCUGAUAUGGAAAGUUUCUCUCUAAUAUGCUUUCAGGUGCUGGAAGUCAUUUGACUUUGGAUAUGAAAAAAUAGUGCUGUUACCCAAGAAUAUGAAAUACUUCCUGUGCCUCUUUUGAUGAACGUAGGAUAAAUACACUAUGGAAAACCAGCAAAAUAUCAGAAAGUCUAUUCCAUGGGUAACUAGUUUCAGGAAAGUCUUUCCUGCAGAGGAUUGGAAAAUGAAAUGUUUUUUUCCGGUGAUCCCACACUCAUGAAAGUAAUUCUAAUUAUAAAUGAAUUUUUGGUAUAAGCUUUAUACUUUAUUGAUAGUCCUCAAAUUAAUUAUGAACUAUGGUGCUUCAGACUAUGUCACUAGCUUCCUCUAACUACUUGUUCCUUACUAGUUCCUUAUUGCUGCCUUUUGUCACUGUAUCCAGUUAUGAAAUUGGCCUGAGAUAGUAAUAAACAAAAGCAAGCAUUAAAAAAAAAUAUCUAUAAUGUCCAGCAUACAAUUUUUUUUGCCGUCAGGUAAACCAAAGUGACAUUCUGCAAUCUCUGUGGACGUGGGACGGGACGUGCAUUUUCCUUUCCCUAUAACUGAAUGAUUAAAUAUUUCUGAUUUUGCAUUGAAUAAGGUCUAGUUUAUAGAUCGACCAUAUCUACUGCAGCUCUGCUUGAAACAAAUGCUUGUAGAAAAAUUGGCAGUUUAAAAAAAAUGAACAUACCUUCAUUUCCACAGAGAUCAUCUAAUGUGGAAAAAGAUCGACAAAUUAAUUCUGGGUUAAAGUGCAUAAAUGUUUCAUACCUGGCAAGCA